GCUAAUUCAAUUAGUUUACAGUAAAUAACAUACUAAAUUAAGAUUAAAUAUGGGUGCAACUACAAAUUUAAGAUUAAAAGAAAAAAGAAAUGUGUUGCUUUCUCAACUUAUUUGCUUUUGAAAACUAGUGUUGUCUUUCAUGGUUUUGGUUAAAUUAAUUACUCACCAGUUUGUUCAAAGCAACCAAAUGCAGUUCAGUUUCUGAAAACUCUCCACCUUUCAAAAAAUCCUUCUUUCAACAGAAAUUCUCUCCAUUCCCCAACUUCUUCGACAAUGUCUUCUUCUUCCUCUUUAAUCCCAUUUCUCCUCCCCAUUUCCCCACAUCCGCCAUGGAAGACGAAGCUUCUUCCAGCUUGCUCUCCCAUGUCAAGACUCACCAGCCGGCCGACGAAGCCUCGGAUUCCAAUUUCUCCGAUUGCGCCCUGCCCGCCGCCAAGCGCCCCCGGUUGGUCCACGAUCUUAACGUUCUCGCCGCCGUCGGCAAAUUCAAAGGCGUUGUGCCGCAGCAUAACGGGCGCUGGGGCGCGCAGAUCUACGCCAAUCACCAGAGGAUCUGGCUCGGUACCUUCAAAUCGGAGAGAGACGCCGCCAUGGCUUACGACAGCGCCGCUAUCAAGCUCCGCACCAGAGAUUCCCACCGGAAUUUCCCCUGGACUCGCCGGUCAAUCGAGGAGCCGAAUUUUCAAAUCAAUUUUUCCACCGACGCCGUGUUGAGCAUGAUCAAAGACGGAUCGUAUUCCUCGAAAUUCUCCGCCUAUUUGAGAACGAAAUCUCAAAUUCACGACUCGGAUUUCCAGAAUCCGCGAAGCGGCUUCGAGAAUGGCGACGGCGACGGCCAUUUCUCCUGCAGCCAUCUGUUCCAGAAGGAAUUAACGCCGAGCGACGUCGGGAAGCUCAAUCGGCUCGUCAUCCCUAAAAAAUACGCUGUGAAACACUUCCCGUACAUCAGCGAGAGCGCAGACGAAAACGGCGACGACAUCGAAAUCGUGUUCUACGACACGGCGAUGAAGACAUGGAAGUUCCGAUACUGCUACUGGAGGAGCAGCCAGAGCUUCGUGUUCACCAGAGGCUGGAAUCGAUUCGUGAAGGAGAAGAAGCUGAAGGCGAACGACAUCAUCACGUUCUACACAUACGAGAGCUGCGGCGGAGGAUCAGACGAAAAUGGCGGAAGCGUAACACUGAACUUCAUAGACGUGAUCUACAAGAAAUCAGAGGAUCGUGAGAGCGAGAGUAGUUGCUUAGCGGACAAGAAUGAGAAAUUGCAGAGUGGAUUAGGGCUUAAUCGGGAGAAGGACUGUGGGAAGAAGAAGAAGGAGGUGGAGGAGAUUUUAAACAGUGGAGUGAUGAACCCUAAUGAGGAAAAAAUUGGGGAAAAGCGAAUUAGGCUAUUUGGAGUUCAUAUUGAUUGA